AAGUCAAACGGAUUAAAUGUCGUUCGCGAUUCGUAUUGGUAUCGUUCAGCCAAGGUUGUUCGGAUCGGGCGGUGCGCGGACGUAAAUUCGCUCAGACAAUCAAAGAAACGAUGUUGUUGUUGUAGUGUCAGUGCGGGGUGUUGUGUGGACCAUGGCCUACGACAUCGGCUGGAUCAUCCCGCGCCUGCGGAACCCGGGCAGGCUGUGGACCUGUGCGAGCUCCAUCACAGUGGCAGUGGUCGGUUUGUUCAGCAAGCUCAUAGUAGACUUUCUGAACAAGACCACGGUGUACAACCGCGAGGCGCUGCAGAGGGCCGUGCGGCGGCCGCGCGGCGUGCCGCUGCUCACCGUGUCCAACCACCACUCGUGCUUCGACGACCCCGGCCUCUGGGGCGUGCUGGACGCGGGCACGCUGCUGAGCGGCGCGCGCAUGCGCUGGUCGCUGGCGGCGCACGACAUCUGCUUCACCAACGCGCUGCACUCCGCCUUCUUCGCGCUGGGCAAGUGCGUGCCGGUGGUGCGCGGCGCCGGCGUGCACCAGCCCGCCAUGGACUUCUGCGUGGAGCGGCUGCACGCGGGCGACUGGGUGCACAUCUUCCCCGAGGGCCGCGUCAACGUGCAGCAGGAGCGCCUGCGCUUCAAGUGGGGCGUGGGCCGCCUCGUGGCCGACAGCGCGGCGCUGGGCCGCGCGCCGCUCGUGCUGCCCGUGUGGCACGAGGGCAUGGCGCGCGUGCUGCCCAACGUCGAGCCCUACCGCCUGCGCGCCGGACAGCGCCUCACGCUGGCCGUGGGCGAGCCCAUCCGCCUGCACGCGCUGCUGGACAGGUUGAAGUCGGCCAACGCGUCGGAGGAGGAGACGCGGCGCGCCAUCACCGAGCGCAUCCAGGACGAGCUGCUCAAGCUGCGCGACCACACGCACGCGCGCAUGGCGCCGCCCGCCGCCAACGGCGCGCGCCGCCACAAGGACGCCUAGGCGCCGGCCGACACGCACUCAUCCACACCGCAGCACGCGACGCGAAUUUCAGUAUCAUAAACAUCGAUAUGACGCUCUUUAUUAGAAAUUAUUUCAUCUGAGUGCCAAGUGUGUGAUUUUCCAGCUACUUUUAAUUAUUCGGUCGCGUGUAAGUUAACUACGAUUUCUAUGGAAUCGAAAGAGCGCCAUCUAUUUACAAUACUGAGAAACCGUACUGUCACUAGUUGGCGCUCUAAAGGUAGUAAACGCAAAUCUCACACUUUGCAUUCUGAACAGAGUCGGCAGAACGUGUGACUGCACCUAUUUUAGGAGUCCCGAGUGAUGUAUAAUAUUGGCGUUGAUUUUAAAACGAUGCUAUCAGUAUUUUUUAUACCACAAGAUCGAAAAAUUCUACAGGAUAAAAAUCGGAGAGAUGUGUGCUCACAGUCAAAUGCACGGAAUUCGUAACUCCAAUGUCAAUAAUAUAGUCUAUUUUUCUUUGACGGAUUGGAGCAUCCAACACACAGAGAAUAAAGGUAGAUCACUACCCUGUGUCGUGAGACACUUCACGGGCGAGUUUAGGUGACGAAAAUAAAUAAACCACCAGAAACACACCAACUUAUAUGGUCUGUAUUAGUUUCAAAAAACGAUAUUACUAAGAACAUCGUUUUAAAACAAUUGACUAUAUAUUACAUAUCAUCGGUGCAAUCAUAUAUACAUAUAUAUAUUUACUGAAAAAUAGAUUAUAAAUGUAUGGUCGGGUCCCUGAUUUUCUUUGACUUUGGAAUCGUUUGUAUGCGCGAAUGCAUUUUGUGACGUCAUUUCGACACCUCUAGUAUUAAGGCAAUUUUUUUUUAACUUGAUAUUAAUUAAUAUGUACAAUU